GUACCCCGCGAUGCUAAAUUUAUUUUUCAAAAAUAUAAGUUAAAUUAUUUUAUAUUAAAUCGAUGCCGUAAAAUAAGAGUGUUCAUUGUAGACUGUAAUUAAGGUGCGAAAGCUGUAAAUUAUUCUCAUAAGAAGAAAGUAUUACACGUAAAAAAUGAAGCUAAGAAAAAUUACUGCUUUAGUAAUAUCGACAUUAUCUGUCAUCAUUGUCGACGCGACUGUACCCGGAUCGUCCAGCUCUAAUGAGAUAACAUAUACACAGAAGAGACGAGCACAACCGAACACUGGUGGUGCACUGUACCCACAGGCAACUGACACAAGAGAUAUGAUGACUUUAGACGGAAUUUGGAACUUUAGAAAGUCUCCGACAGAUCCUGAGUACGGCUAUCGCAAUGGAUGGUAUGAACAGGAUCUAGAAAAGUCAGGUCCAGUGAUCCCAAUGCCCGUACCUUCAUCGUACAACGAUGUAGGAGAGGACGCGUCUUUAAGGGACCAUGUUGGGCUGGUGUGGUACGACAGGCGCUUCUACGUGCCCUCCUCCUGGCAGCAGAACAAACAGCGCAUCUGGCUUCGCUUCAGCAGCGUGCACUACGCUGCACAAGUUUGGGUAAAUGGCAAGUUGGUGACAUACCAUGAAAUGGGUCAUUUACCCUUCGAAGUGGAAAUCACGGAUGUAGUCUGCGAAAAGGGAAGCAACCUGCUCACUGUGGUGGUUGACAACACACUUUUAAGUGACACCGUCCCGCAAGGCAGUAUUAGGGACACAUUUGUGGGCAUCAACAAAGUGAAACAGGAGCAGACGUAUACGUUCGAUUUCUUCAACUACGCGGGCAUACACCGAUCCGUCUUCUUGUAUUCGACUCCGCAGAUAUAUAUCGAUGAUGUAAUAGUUAACACUGAUAUACAAGGACUGACAGGUUUCAUUGUGUACAAUGUGACACAGAAAGGUUUGAGCGAUGGCGGCUCUGUCGAAUGUUUGAUUCAAAUAUUGGACAAGAACGAUUCACAGGUGGCGGCGGCCAACGAUUGCGCUGGACUCAUAGAGAUUGGCAAUGCUCAUUUCUGGUGGCCUUACCUAAUGCAUCCCAAUCCUGGAUACUUGUACACUUUUAGGGUCAGUCUCAUUGGAAUUCAAGGUGAAACGAUUGAUACGUACAAUCAAAAAAUUGGUAUAAGAACUGUCACUUGGAGCAACACGACCAUCUUUAUCAACGACAAACCAAUUUAUCUGAAAGGAUUCGGAAUGCACGAAGAUUCUGAUUUACGAGGUAAAGGUUGGGAUCCAGUGCUGUGGGUGAAGAACUUCAACCUUAUCCGCUGGCUGGGCGCCAACGCGUUCCGCACAUCCCACUACCCCUACGCUGAGGAGAUCUACCAGCUGGCUGACGCCCAGGGCAUCAUGAUCAUCGACGAAUGUCCUGGCGCUGAUACAGAUGUAUUUUCCGAAGCACUGCUGACUAAGCACAAGCAGUCGCUGACGGAGCUGAUCCGGCGCGACAAGAACCACCCCAGUGUGGUGAUGUGGUCAGUGUCCAACGAGCCCAGAUCCGCAAACCGACUCGCUGAUGCUUACUUUGGCGAAAUAGUUCGUCACGUGAAGUCCAUGGAUCUGUCACGACCUGUUACCAUUGCCAUCUCUCAACACUACGUAGCCGACAGAGCCGGGCAACAUCUGGACGUGAUAUGCUUCAACCGCUACAACGGCUGGUACACGUCGACGGGCUCGCUUUCCAUAAUCACCAACAACGUAGUGGACGAGGCAAACGCCUGGCAUCUCAAACACAACAAGCCUGUCAUCAUGACGGAGUACGGAGCUGACACCAUCGCGGGGUUGCAUCUCAUUCCAGAGUACGUAUGGGCGGAGGAAUAUCAAGUAGCCUUAAUGUCGGAGCACUUUAAGGCAUUCGACAAGUUGCGACAAGCUGGAUUCUUUGCAGGCGAAUUUAUUUGGAACUUCGCUGACUUUAAGACUGCUCAGACAAUAACCCGAGUAGGUGGAAAUAAAAAGGGCAUUUUCACACGAUCAAGACAACCCAAGGCCUCGGCGCAUCAUUUAAGAGCGCGCUACCUGUCCUUAGCGGCCGCAGACGCCGGCACAACAGCGCCUGACGUCUCAUACUACGUAUCAGACAACAGACCGACACACCACGAAUUAUAAACUGUAAUAUAUUAAAAGAUUAUAAUUAAGACAUCGAUGUUGGUAUUACCUAUUUUUGUUAUAUCGAUGUUUUAUGUGUGACUGUGCGCCUUU